GUACAGUGUAAAAAUAAAGUUGGAAUAAUUUGCCAGUGAAAUACAAAGUGAAUAAAAUUCUCAGCAAAAGAAAUCGCAAUCGUCACAUCUUUUCGUUUGCACACCAAUACCAACAUAUUACCAUAAUAGCCAAGGCAAAGAACUAAUACAGCUGCAAAAAAACACAACACCCAACACAAGAAAGUGAACUAAUCGAACGAUCGAAAGUCUACGUCUACGUCUGCGAGUGCCAAGGUACUUUUAGUACUUUUAAAUCGAUUUACGCUCUGUGCAUUUCUACGUAAGAGUAGCAUACCAUUUGGAAAUAUUACGCAAGUACUAUUUCUGGUUAUAUCUGUUGAAUAAUCAUGGCUCAGUAAACAUGAAUCCUCAACGAGAAUAUUUUGCCCAACGCACUCCGUGUGGAGACAAAAGCAAGACGCAAUUUUCUGCCGAUUGGCAGGUAUCUAAUACUAUCGCCCCCACUCCCCCCAAUUCCUCUUACUUCUACGAGCAAAAUGGACAACAGCAACAGCAGCAAGAAGCAACAACAUGCCAGAGCGAGCAAAUCGUCUGGUGAGACCCAACGCAAGUCCAGUGAAUUGCAGAACAACAAACAGCGCAAUAGCCGCAGACGCGAGCAGCUUCCAACGCCGCGCAACGACCAGCAACAGCAGCCGAGGCACCCCAAACAGCAGCAACAACAACAGCAACCUGCUAAACUUCGUCCCAAUGUGGACAAGCGUCCAAGGGCGCGAGGCAGCGGCGGUGGCGGUGGCAGUACUGCGGGCUACUAUGGCCCUGCCGAUGGAGCUUACGAUGGCCCUGAAUCCGGGCAUCACGACGGGGCUUACGGCGGCACCGGACUAGCAGCCACUAGUGGCGGCUACCCGCGUAGCGACUUUGACUAUGAACUAAACUCUGUGUACGCGCAGGGCAGCAAGAAGCAGAACCUGAACCAUCUGCUCAACUUCCAUUGUGUGCCACGCGAUGCGUCGGACACUAGAAAUGGCCAUGGACGCGCUGCCGGUCAUUAUCACCAUCACAAUGCAGGGCGCAAGCCUCGCUACAACAAGGAACAGUUCCUGCAGGCCAAUUUUCAGUUUGUCAUUCGGUCGGGGGCCAAGGCCCAUGUAAAUGGCUCACCGGACACUUUGAUCGACUGGAACUUCAUUGAGCAAAUCAACAUCCAGACCACGGAGGAGCCACAGUGCCCCAUUUGUCUGUAUCCCCCGGUGGCUGCCAAGCUCACACGCUGCGGCCAUGCCUACUGCUGGCCCUGCCUCUUGCACUAUCUCUCGCUGAGCGACAAGACCUGGCGCAAGUGCCCCAUCUGCUACGAUGCCAUCCACGCUGGCGAUCUGAAGAGCUGCACCAUUGAGCAGCAGCAUGCAAUGAAUGUGGGAGAUCGCAUCACCUUCCAGCUGAUGCGUCGUCGCAAGGGCUGCAUGUACAUCGAGCGGCACGGUGUAAUCGUAGGUGAAUUCGGCGAACGAUUCCCCCUGCUCAGUGCUGGUGACGAGGCCAAGCGAUACUCAAAGUUUUUAAUCGCCAAGCGGGCUGAUGUUGCGGCCAUCAUCGAAAGGGAGCGGCGCGAACUAUUGGCCGAGUCAGAUGCAUCCUGUCCGGAGGAUAUAUUCAUCCAGCAGGCACUCCUAAUGCUGAACGAGCGCCUCGAGAAGUUGGGCCUCAAAGAGGAUGAGGAGUCGCCGCUGGAGGAGCAGCCACUACCACCAGCAGCUCUCAGUCUGGAGAACGAAAACAAAAAUGAUAUUGAGAAAUCGGACGAUGCCUCCAUCUCAUCGGGCGAGGCAUCCAGCAGUAUUGGCAGUGCACACAGCGGCAGCAAAUACUACUAUUUCUACCAGUCGAACGAUGGACAAAAUAUCUACUUGCAUCCCCUGAAUGUGAAGAUGCUGCAGGCCUGCUAUGGCACUCUGGAUCUGGGUCCACUCCUGAUUGAGUCGCAGAUCCUGCAGAAGGAGCAGCACUCCAUGGACGAGGAGCAUCGCCGAAAGUUCACUUGCUUGGGACAUUUGCCCCUCACGUGUCAGUUUUCUGUUGUGGAAGUGGAACUCCAACCACCAGUCGUCUCUGGGGGAAUUCUCAAGUUGUUUAAAGAGGAUCUUUUGCAUCGCAAGAAGGAGCGACAGCGUCGCGAUCGCGAAGAACGCAAGCGGGAGCAGCACAUCAAUGAGAUCAACGAUCGCCAAAUGGGAAAACUGAUUGCCAGUGCAGCAAACCUAAAUCUUGAGUCUUCCCAUGAGUUUCCUACUUGUGGCUUUGAAGAGGCCUUGCCGUCGCCCAGCGGCGUAACGCCAAUGAUCAUCAGACAGGAGAGCAGUGCAACCAACCCCAAGCAGGAGCUGUGGCCCACCAUCGGCAGUUUCUCGCCAGUCAGCAGCAGCGGCAGCGCUAUGAGUUCUGUAGGUGCCUGGGGACGCUCGGCUCCUCCUCCAGCACCAAGGGCCAUGCCAUCGGCUAUGUCACGAGAUGAAAACCCUGAUCAGCGUUCGGUGGGCCAUUGGGGUCUGGGCGAGUUGCUCGUCGGAGCUUUGGAUCAGCAGCAGCAGAAGCAGCAGCAGCCGCGAGGUGGCAAGCCCCAAAAGAAGGCCAAGGCCAAGAAAAUGGUUCCACUGUUUGCCAUGGGCAUGAACAGAGCUCCUUAAAAAAGGAGAAGCUAAAAUUAGCGAAAUUAUUGUACAACCAUGUACGUUUUUUUUUUUUUAUGAAUACUUCAAAGUUAUUUCAAAUCAACGAUGGAUAUUUGAACUAUAAUUUAACCAACAUUUUAUCCAUAAUACACAUAUGCAUAACUAUAUCAAGUUAAUCCAAUAAAAGCAGCAAGCAUACUCGUACUAGGAA